AUGGAAGCCACCUCUUCGCUGGAGGACAAAUUUGUCGAACGAGUUAAAUCAAGAGGGGCACAUUUCGGCAGUGAUUCGAGUGGACUAGAUGGUCAUCAGUUGAAAACUAUACAAUCAUGCUUUGAGAUAUUCGCGGAGUCUGCGUUAGAUUCCCUAUCUCAGGCACAGCAGUAUAGAAUACUCCGCGUUCGAAAGCUUUUCCGCAAGGUUUAUUCAACUCUUGGGCCAGUGAUGGUUGUUCUAUGUAUGCUGGCUGAUUCAGUUACGAAUAUCGCUAAACUGAAUCUGGAAAUCCUUAUUCCAAAGCUUUGGGAUCAGAUAUACGUCCCCAAGAAAGGACUUAAGGAUGCGGCGACAGCUCUCUGCCAGGAACACCAGGCUGUUUUAGAAAGCUCAGACACUUCAUUGAGAAAACGGAAGCGCAAUCAAAACUCUCUGCAUCGCGAUGUAGUAGGAAAAGCCAGUCUCCCAACUACGGCUCAGCAGGUUCGCGAGGAAGGAUCGGAAGCAGAUCGGGUGGAGUGCAAAGGUGCAGUUUUCAUGUAG